ACUUUUAGCGAAUUUAGUGGGUUUGAACGACUGAUUGCUGUGGAAGUGUAACAGCAUUGACUGAACUAUAAGAGUCAGUGGUCUUGGAGGGUUAUAUGGUUUCCUCUCUUUUAUUGGGUCCCCUUCUUACUAAUAUUUGACAAAAUCUGCAGGGACUUUAGAAAUAAUAAUCUUGCUGGUGACAUACCUUACAGUCUUCAUCCAAAUUUACUGCCAGUGUAUGCCUUAUGUGCUUAUUUGUUUCCAUAACCUUUCGUUUUGUUCCACUUCUGACUUUUGUAUUGAUCUUCAAGAGCUUCUUUUUGAAUGCAAAUAUCUUGCUAAUAAUCAAUUUAAUCAGGGAUGGCCAAAAAAAAUAAUAAUAAUAAUAAUUAGGGCCUUCCUUAUUCCAUCUACUCUAUGACUUUCCUUAUAUAUCUGUGAGUAAUGUUCCUCACAUUGAUUCAUUUCUUAACUUCUAUGGAUACUAAAACUGGAAGCAUCUUUCUUUUAUCGUUUUUGCAUAAUUUUUUCUCAUUUGUUGGCAAACCUUCUUUUUUUUUUUUUUUUUUUGGUAAUCAUCUGAUCUUUGAGAUGGGUUGUCAAAGAUUCACCAUUUCUUUGAAUAACUCUCUUUUUCUGGGUCUUUCUAGCUUGGCUUUUGUUUCAUUUUAUUUUAUUGUAUUUUAUUUUUUGUUGAUUUGAACAAAUGUGAGGAGGUCAGUCUUUUUCUAGAUUUGUCUUUUAUAAGAAAAUGUUAAAUAUUGCAGUAUAUUUUAGAUAUGCACGUUAAAUUGCUAAUUAACUUUGUUAAUUAGUUUUGGAUGGUAUUCAUUUAGAUAGCUGUUUUAUAUCUUGGUUAAACAGAGUUUUACACAAAUAUGAUAUUUCUUAUCACUUCAGGAAUCUCUGUUAAUGCCUUAGCCAGUAUGCUUAUUCAUUUCUGUUGUCCCUGAUAAUGCGGUAUGCAAAAAGACAAAAUGGUGGAGUGACCUGAACAUAUGAAAGUGUUUGACAAAUGUAUGUUGAUUAUUUGAUCUCGGUUUUGCUUAUUUGUUUAAGUAAGGUGAUCCCUUCUGCUUUUGUGAAGAGUCUAUUUACUUAUAGAGAUAAAGAGAAAAAUAAUAACAAAACAAGUUUUCCUUAUGGAGACCAAAAUUGAACCAAGGGAGUUAAAAAGAAUUUGUCUAAACUUUAAAUCAUAAAAUACUAUUAUAACUCAAUUCAUUCUUAUGUACAUUUCUAUUUAUGACAUUCCUUUUCUUUUUUAUUUUCUUGAAGAACUGAACAUUGAUGUAAAAACCCAUGAAUUGAGAAACAACAAUGAGAAAAUUAAGGCUUGCAACCACUCUUCUACAAACACAAUGGCCAACUCUUUUAUUGUUAAAGUUUUUUAUUUUGUUGUUUGCAAAUAGCUAUAGGAGCUUGAAUGUGGCCCUAACAUUCAUGUACAUGUACUUCUCUUGUGCCUUGGGUUUUUGGCUAUCACUGAAAGGUUCUUUCAUUUUGGUGCAGAAUUUUUGCAUUUGUUCGUUGUCAUGUGUUACCAACUACUUUGUGAAGUAUGUUAUGGAUGUUAUAUGCAUUAAAAUAUUAUAAUGUAGUAGAUUUUUAUCCUCUUUUAAGUUUUAAAUCCAAUCCUACUAAUUAAAUUUCAAUAUUUAAG